AUGCAAGUACUCACCACUAAUCAGGUCGARACCCUCAACAACACCCUCAACAACUUUGAGCCCAGCCUUCUCCUCAUUUUUCAGCUGCCCAAAAUCCAGGAGCAAACAGACACCAUUGGCAACUCUCUGAUCGAAGCUACCAAGGAUGUUGCAAACUCCGACGUUCUUGACGCCGAAGACUCCUUCACUGUUGCCGAGGCCGUGCUCGACUUUGAGCCCAAGAUCUUCUCGCUCUUAGACAACAUUCAGCGUCGCAAGCCGGUGUUCCAAGAUUUAGUCUUGCCUUCCCUCGGCUUGGAGCUCAUCAGCGGGGAGAAUUCGGUGUACAAGUCUCUGCAGCGUCAGAAGCAGCUGAGUGCGGCAUUUGGAGCUACUGUCGUUCAGAAAUUGUCAGAGCCGUUCACGGACCUGGCACCUGCCAUCAAUAAGGAGAUCUCGGAUGCCUUUGAUGAGGCGAUCGCUACCUUCUCCCCAUAG